CGUACUCACAGCGCAGUGAGGGCAACACUGACGCGCAUGAAGCUGCCCUGCGCCAUUUUGACCACUGGCAGCCGGCUAGCUGGGCGACAGGCCAGCUGCUGUUUAUUCAACUUUUAAGGAUGUUUAGGGUCCCGCAGAUCCUGAGCUGCUCAUGUCCCUUAAGGCCACUGUUGCUAUUAAGAGAAUCCCACCUUGCUGUUUUCUCUGAGCACACUGGUGCUGGAUGGCAAGGUGCAAGGUCAGUGAAGGAAAGGAGAUAUGAUGGGAUCCAUGGAAGUAAGGAGGGAUCAACAUUGUCUACAGAGACUAUAUCCUGUUCAACACAGCUGUCUUUAUUGAGCCUGGACUGUGAUAAUCAGCGACUGAGAGAAGCUUCAUAUCAAAACCUUGUGUCAAAAACCAUUUUGCCCAGCCAUCAUCAACCCCCUCAGGUUUCUGCCUCUCUGAAAUGCACUGUGGUUGAAGAUCUAGGUCAAAACCUCCAAGCUGUGAGUACUUACCGAGACUGUUUUAUCAACACAACUUGCCUUCAACCCUGGAGAAGGCCUUGGGACGUUUGCCAGCCUUCACUCAGUUUCACCAAUAAGACUCAGCGUCACCUUCUUCAAAAUCAUUUGUGUCAUAGAGGGCAAUUUGUUAGACCCCUCGGCUUGUCGACAGAAACGCCAUGGAUUUUGAACCACUUUCACAGUAAGCAAUCCUCCAGCAUCACUUUUCACCAAACCAGAGCUGUUCAUCAGGCCGCCUCCCGCGUGGCAGACGCCUGGAGAGGCUGUCUGUCCCCGGAGAAUGAAAGCAGAUGUCGGCAGAGCCUGAGCCCCAACUUGAAGCUGUACGAGGCGGACAAGGGGAGAAAAGGAGUGAGUCAGAGCCAAGGAAAGAAUCAGGCGAAAUGGGCGUCAGUCCUGGUGUGUCUCUGCUCUGUUGAGGAGGAGCCGGCGUUUCUCUUCACUCUGCGCUCCAGCAUGCUGAAGGGCAGGCACAAGGGAGAUGUCAGCUUUGCAGGAGGAAAGAGUGAUCCGUCAGACAGAGAUGUGGUGGCCACAGCCUUGAGGGAAGCCAGGGAGGAGCUGGGGCUUAAUGUGGCAACAGAGAGGGUCUGGGGCAUCAUGAAGCCUCUCAGGGACAUGUCGGGGAUGAUGAUUGCUCCUGUGCUGGCCAACCUUGGUCCCCUAGAGGAGUUGUCCUUCAAACCAAACCCUGGAGAGGUGGAGGAGAUUUUCACCCUGUCUUUGUCCCACUUGUGCAACCCUCAGAACCGUGGCUACACGCACUUCCGCACUGGUGACAAGUACGGAUACACCCUCCCAGUGUUUCGUAACGGGAAGCAUCGAGUUUGGGGCCUGACAGCCGUUGCCCUAGACCACACGCUUAAACUCAUUGUCCCUUCUUAGCAGCUAAAUCACACCUGCAGAACUAAAGCACAGAUAUCAUAUGAGUCAAAGAUUUGAUUCUGAUAAAUGUGCAAUCAGGCUUUGUGUUGCAAAAUCAUGUCAGGAAACAGGGUUGGAUACAAAAUAUUUUCAUUCACUCGCUCUCAUUUAUGAAGGUAAUUUCCUUUAGGUAUCACACUCAGAAGAAUUUUUCAGCUUAUGCACUUUUUGAGUCUCAGGUGUGUAAGAGUCUCUAUUCAAUGGAUCAGGUGCAUGAAGAUGAUGAGUCACUGACAUAACUUCUGCCAUGAGGCUUGCAUUGCAUUUUAACAGGUGGGCUCAGUGAAGCACAUCUGCAACAGAGGUCAUAAUUUCUAGUGUGAUUCAACUCAUGCCCAUUUAUUGUCACGCUAGAUCAAAUCUAGACUGUUAUAAACACUGAAAUGACAAAAGCACAUCAUAUGGUGUGUUGAUGAACAAUGCAAUAAAGAUUGUUUUAAAGGUG